UGCUGGCAUACGUUACUGGCAACACCAGCGCGUUCUCUUGACAGUUUGCUAAUUUUAGAAAUUUAUAUAAAAUGUGUAGCGAGGUGUCAGUUGUGUCCGGUCCAGCGGAGGGUCCACACCGCCAUGCCGAGGCACCACCGCCACCACAAGAGGAGAGGCCCUAAGUCCCGGGAGUCCUCGGUACAAGAACCAGAGAGUCCUGGAGAGCACAGCUACCUCAUUAAGAAGUCCGACUCAUUGGGCCGGUAUUUGGUGGCCAGUAGAGAUCUACCAGAGGGUGCUGUCGUAAUCAAUGAGGAUGCACUGGUUAUAGGUCCUGCCCAGGACUCUUCGCCGGUCUGUGUAGGCUGUUAUUCGCCAAUUGCAGCAGACCUUUCUACCGCGUGCAGGUGUGAAAAGUGCCAAUGGCCACUGUGCUCAAACAAAUGUAAGGGCUUGUACAGGAGACAUGGCCACAGCAAAGAGGAAUGUGAACAGCUGACAACAUGCCCAGUAAGCUCGACCCAAUUACCGAACAAUCAGCUGUUCAACGCCAUCACCCCUCUGCGCUGUCUUCUGCUCAAGCUGAACCAGCCAGAGCAGUGGACCACACUGAUCUCCAUGGAAGCUCACAACGACGUUCGCAGGAAGCUUCCGUCAGUCUGGGACUACAACCAGAAGACUGUCGUUGACAGAAUAACUCAAGACUGGAAAAUCACAGCGUUCUCUCCGGAAGAAAUUCAUACAGUUUGCGGCGUUCUUGAGGUUAAUGCAUUUGCAGUUGGCGAAGACUCGUUGAGUAUCAGAGGACUGUAUCCCACAGCCUUCUAUAUUGCACAUUCCUGUGUACCCAACACUUCACACACGGACGAUGAGGAGUUUAGAAUGAAAGUAUUCACUUCCGUGCAAGUCGCAAAGGAUGAAAUGAUCACUUUGUCAUACACAAACUCUCUUCAGGGAACGAGAAGUCGCAGGGAACACCUAAAACAGUGUAAGUUCUUUGAUUGCGAGUGCAAGCGGUGCCAGGACCCGACUGAGCUGGGUACACACGUGAGUUCCCUGAGGUGUGAGUGCGGCAGUGGACACCUGGUUCCUACCGAGCCGCUGUCACUGGACUCCACUUGGCGCUGCGAUAAUGAUCAGUGCCACGCCUCUCUGGCCGCCGCCGAGGUCGACACCGUUGUCACUAGAAUAGAUAAGGAAAUCAAAUCUCUGGACCACAACAAUGUCGAGGAACUGGAGAUAAGUAUCCGCCACUACAGCGGUAUCUUGCACAGAAAUCACUACCUGAUACUGGGCCUGAAGUACACACUGAGCCAGCUGUACGGCAAGUCCGCGGGUUAUCUGAUCCACCAGAUGACAGAGGCCAUGUUGGAGCGCAAGAAACAAGUUUGUGAAGACAUUUUACAGAUGUUUGACGUUCUGGAACCUGGCCUCACACGGACCAGAGGAUUAACCAUGUAUGAGCUUCAUGCACCAAUAAUGGUUCUCACUAUUCAAAGAUUCGAAAACCACAAGAUAUCCAAGGGAGAUCUAUGCCGGAGUCUGAGGAGAGUGGCAGCUUAUCUCCGAGACUGUUGCAAAAUACUCAAAUUUGAGUCUGACAAAUCCCAGGAAGGCAGCAUCAAAAAAGCUGCACAAGACGCCCUGGUUCAACUUAAAAGUUGGGAGCCAGUGGUGGGGAAAAUGUUAUGAUAUCCAAUUUUAGUACUGUUCUGGCUUGUACAUAAAAUGUAAAUAUGAUCUCACAAA